AUGCUCACAACUCCCCAGGACCUUAAUCUGCUCCGUUUUUUGUGGUCAAGGGCUUGUUUGCAUACCCCCACACUCCAUGAAGACGCUCCCAAAAACCGCUUACAAAACGUACCUCAUUCUUGUCCAUUUUCUGUGGUCCCAGGCUUGUUUGGAUACCCCCAUACUCCACAAAUAUGCCACUCAAAGCCGUUUAAAAAACAGUUGAGGUCUUAUGAAGCUAUGGUUGAUUUCAUUGUAUGCUUGGAUGCUUGUUUCAAGCAAAAGUCGGGAAAGGCUCAGGGUCAAGAGCCACCUGCCCCUCAGAAGCACCCAGAUACAGCAUUCGUCUCUUCAGAAGAUGUCAAGGCAAUGGAGGAUAUAGUCAAUGAAAUACGCCCAGAGCCCAAGUCUGGUUCAAAAGGUAAAAAGUCACAAGAUAGUCCUUUACAGCCUCAGAAGGAUGAAAAUCCUGACUUGUAUGAAAAACGAGUUAAAGCUAGCACUCAGUUCUUUUCUGAUACUGGACUCAUGGCUCUUCUCUGUCGACAUGAUCGUGUCUUAUGGCUGGUAAACAUGACUUCUGCAGGAGAGAAGCAACACUGUGCUCUGGUUCUUUUAGAACGUUUGUUCAACCAUUUACCCUCAACUGCUAGAACUCAUCUGGGCUAUAUCAGUUUUUCAUGCUUAUGGCCAUCAAUGGGCUUGCCAGCUCAUUUAUCACCCAAGAAAGUGUAUAGGCUUUGGACUUACAGAUGGUGCAAGUCAGAAGCUCUUGGUGUUUUAGAUGAGCUAGCAGAUUUAGAUAUCACUGAAGAUAUUCUAAGAGAGGAAUGGGCUGCUCAACUGGUUGCACAGACUAAGCCAAUGCCCUAUAAGAAGCUACAGGACCACUCAGUGUCUCAAAUCAAGCGGAAGGAACCUGGUAUUCAACAGCUUGCAAAAAAAUACAAUGAGUUAUGUGGAGAGUUGGAGGCUAUGAUUAAGAAGAAACAAGCACCAUGUGGUGCUCAUGCACCUCAUCCUAUUGCCAGUGAUGGAUUGUUCAAGCUGGAUGUUGAUGAUGACAUAUGGCAAGAUGUGGGCCUAGAUGAGACUGAUCUUUUACCUGGAGGAGAAAUCCCCAAUUGGUUGGGUGAUGAAAAUGUUCGAAAGGGAAUAAAAUCCAUGCUUGAGUUGGAUAGAUGUAAUGAGGAAGAAAGGAGACUAUCAUAUGAGAGAAGUGCCAUGCAAGAUUGGCUCAUUGAGGAGUGGAAAUGUGUAACAAUGGCUAUGAAGAAGAAUAUAAGUGAAGAAGUAGUCUAUCAGAUGGUCUUGCGUGCAGAAUUCUUAGCAUGCUUAUGCAACAACUGGCAAGACAAAACACAUAUGAUUGAUCCUCACAAACCUAUGCCAGAUUCAUGGGGACCAUCAUUGGAAGAUCUUAUGGAGGCACCCUUGUAA